AUUAAACAGGUAACCGCAAAGGCUGUUAUCAUUUUUUUUUUUUUUUUUUUGGUUUUGUUUUGUUUGUUGUGAUUAAAAAGAGAGAGAGAGAGAGAAAAAAAAAAGAGAGCGAUUUUUUUUUAUUGAACCCCACCCACCCACUUUAUCACUCACUCUUUUUUUUUUUUUGACACGAGACUCAUGUCUGCUGCUGUUCUUUACACUGUCGGCAUAUUGACAGUAAGCGAUUCUGCUUCUGCCGACCACGCCCUUGAUAAAAGCGGUCCUCUCUUAAAAACUCUCUUAGUGGAAACAGGAAAAUACGCUGUCCUAAACAGAACUGUUGUACCCGAUGAAAUAAAUGCUAUUCAAAACAUCAUCAAGACUUGGUCCAAUCUUCAUCUUGUCAUCAUUACAGGUGGAACAGGUUUUUCUCCCAGAGACGUUACUCCUGAAGCUGUCAAACCUUUAUUGACAAGAGAAACACCGGGUAUCACACACCUUUUAUUAUCUUCCUCCCUUGCUGUGACACCCUUUGCCGCACUUUCAAGACCCGUGACGGGUAUCCGUGACAAGACCAUGAUUAUUACCUUACCCGGUAGCCCUAAAGCCUGUCAAGAAAACAUGAGUGCCAUCCUAAACCUUUUACCUCAUGCGCUUGAUCUUUUAACAGACCAGAAAUCCGUGAAACAGUUCCACGAGAAACUUCAACAGCAACAGCCACAACAGUCAGAGGAGACACCAAAGGAGCCAAAGGAGCCAUCAAAGGAAAUCCAUCGAUGCAGACAUGAUCGAGAGGAAGACUCGACACAACUCUCGGGUCAGUCUGCUCUUUUAGAAACACCUGUAUCUCGUCGUUUACGCAGCUCACCUUACCCUGCUAUACGCAUUGAUAGAGCAAUCAAAAUUGUAGGAGAACAUGCGCAUCGUUUGAAUAUCAUGAGCAUGCCCGUAUCCCAGUUCUUACCAGGCUAUGUCUUGGCAGAGAACGUUUCCUCUCUUGAGCCUGUACCCGGAUACCGUGCUUCCACUGUCGACGGAUACGCUGUUCACGUUGAGGAUGGACCUGGUAUUUACCCAGUAGAAUCCGUAUCUCUUGCUCAAGCUACCACCUGCACCACAUUAAGUCGAGGCAAAAUAGCACGUGUGACCACAGGUGGUAUGGUACCUGAUGGUGCCAAUGCUGUUAUUAUGGUGGAAGACACCAAACUGAUCCGAUCUUCAGAGGACGGUCAACAUGAAUUGGAGAUUGAGAUUUGUGCCUCUGCACAUACCGGUGAGAAUAUCCGUGAAAAGGGUUCAGAUUGUGAGGUAGGACAAUUAAUUGCACGUCAAGGACAACGUGUGGGUAGCGAAUUAGGUACGUUGGUCUCUGUGGGUGUACGUCAUGUAAAAGUGUAUCGUAAACCUCGUGUGGGUGUCUUAUCCUCUGGAAACGAAGUCUUGGAUCAUAUUCAUACCGAUGUAUUGAAACCGGGUCAAAUUCGUGAUACAAACCGUAUGACGCUUUUAGCUGCUAUUGCUGUGGCUGGUUAUGAAGCAGUGGAUCUGGGAAUUGUGGAUGACGAUGUGGAUGAAAUGACAGAGAGAUUAGAAGAAGCACUUUCUAAAGUGGAUGUCUUGAUCACAACAGGAGGUGUAUCCAUGGGAGAAGCUGAUUUUAUGAAGCCAAUUCUGGAACAAAAGAUGGAUGCCACUGUACAUUUUGGCCGUGUCUUGAUGAAACCAGGUAAACCUACCACUUUUGCUACAGUACCUCAAGGAAAACGAGGAGAGAAAUUAGUUUUUGCUUUGGCUGGUAAUCCAGUCUCUGCCAUGGUGGGUUUUCAUUUGUUUGUGGUACCCGCCUUGAGAAGAAUGGCAGGUUGGGAGAAACCAGAGCAUGGGUUGGUGCCCGUAAAGAUUGAAGAGGAUAUUCACUUGGAUGCUCGACCCGAAUAUCAUCGUGUACAGGUCAGGAUCGACCAUGGGGGUUUGGUGGCAACGUCUACAGGGGCUCAACAGAGCAGCCGUAUGUUGAGUUUAGUAGAAGCCAAUGGUUUACUUCAAUUACCCAUGCGUACCCCUGAAAUCACUCUUUUACGCAAAGGAACGUCUGUUCCGUGUAUCUUGAUUGGAAGCUUGACAAAAUAAAUAAAUAAAAAAAGUUGGCCAC